AUGGCAGAACAAACGGUACGAAUAAAAUGUAUAUUGGGUGGUGAUAUUAGAAUUAUUAGAGUUAGUGUCAAUGUGGAAUAUGAAGCGUUGUUGAUGCAGUUGGAAUCAGAGUUUGGACAAUCAGUACAGGUCUAUCAGUAUGAAGAUUACGAAGGUGAUUUGAUAACGGUACGUGGCAAGUCCGAUCUGAUGGAGGCAAUCUAUAUAUGUAUUGAGUUGAAGAACAAACCGAUUUCAUUGCGAUUCUUCUUGAAACCUACGAACGCCGCUUCCAUCCGUGAUCCACCAUCGCCACCACAAAUUGCCAACAGCAGCAGUAACAGUAUCAACAACAGCAAUGGAAGUAUCAACAGCAGUAGUAACAGUAUCAAUAACAGCAAUAAUAACAGCAGCAAUAUAAAUGGAUUUCAUUCAUUACUUUCGAAUAUGUCAAUUUCAACUUCACCAACUUCCACCACCACCACCACAUCAAUAUCACCUACCAAUUCCUUUUUAGUAAAUAAUAAUAUAAAUAAUAGUAAUAGUAAUUUAAAUAACAGUAACAAUAGUAAUAUAACACCAACUUCAUCAUCAUCUUCACUUCCCAUCCCAAGAAAGAGUUCAAAUGCACCACCAUUGAGAACACCUCCACCUUCACCUCCAGGUUCACCAUUUAUGUUUACAUCAAUGAGUAAUGGAAAUGGUUCAAAUCCAAAUUCAAAUAAUAACUCAUUAAAUAAUAAUAAUAAUAGUAAUAGUAGUAAUAAUAAUAAUCGUGAAACUACACCACCAUUAAGAACACCACCAGGAUCACCUAAAUAUCCACCACCUCUUAGAACACCACCACCAUCACCACCUUCAUCACCACCCAACAAUUCCUAUCACAUGUUAAGAAGACCAAGUAUUGUAGGUGACAGUUUCAUAGAGGAUGGAGAUAACGAUCCAGAUCAUCCAUUAGAUUUUAUUUCCAAUCAUUUUAUGAGUCAAUCUUAUAGUAAUGGUAGUGGUGGAAGUGGAAAUGGAAGUAAUAAUAAUAGUAAUAAUAGUAGUUUAAAUAAUAAUCAAAAUCAAUUUUCAAUAUAUAGUAAUAAUAAUAAUAAUAGUAAUAAUAGUAAUAAUAGUAGUAAUCAUAAUAAUAAUCAUAAUAAUCAUAAUAAUAUAAUAAAUCCAUUUAGAAAAGAUAGUUUCGGUACAAAAAAUUUACCAAGACCAACAUCACCAUUGGUAAUGCAACAUAAUGGUAGUGGAGGAGGUUCCAACAACAAUGGAAAUGGUAGUAAUAAUAAUAGUAAUAAUAAUAAUAAUAGUCCAAAUAGAGGUAGUACAGAUCUAUCAAAGUUUAAUAAUUUCCCAACACUGAUUAUCAAUGAACACGAAGAACUCAUCAAUCUACAACCUAUAAGAUGGCAAAAAGGUCAACUACUUGGUAGAGGUGGAUAUGGUGCUGUCUAUCUUGGUUUGAACACUGACAACGGUGAAUUGGUUGCCGUAAAACAAUUGGAAUUAAUGGACGCGAUGGAUUCAAAAUAUAAAUCUAUGUUAUUAUCAUUUAGUAAAGAUAUUGAAGUAUUGAAAUUAUUGAAACAUGAGAAUAUUGUUAGAUAUUUAGGUACUUGUUUGGAUAGUACACAUUUGAAUGUAUUUUUAGAGUAUGUUCCAGGUGGAUCGAUCAGUGGACUGCUCAGCAAGUUUGGAUCGUUCUCAGAGAAUGUUAUCAAGGUCUAUACGAAGCAGAUCUUGAUGGGAUUGCACUAUCUUCACAAAAACAAUAUUAUUCAUCGUGAUAUCAAGGGUGCCAAUAUCCUGAUCGAUACAAAAGGCACUGUUAAACUCUCGGAUUUCGGAUGUUCAAAGAUCUUCUCUGGCCUCGUCAGUCAAUUCAAAUCGAUGCACGGAACACCCUAUUGGAUGGCACCGGAAGUCAUCAAACAGACUGGACACGGUCGUUCUUCCGAUAUCUGGAGUCUUGGCUGUGUCAUCAUAGAGAUGGCCACUGCACAACCGCCAUGGUCCAACAUCACAGAGUUGGCCGCCGUCAUGUACCACAUCGCAUCGACCAACCAGAUGCCACUAAUGCCAAGCAACCUCUCGCCCGAAGCAAUCGACUUUAUAUCACUCUGUUUCAAACGUGAUCCAAAAGAGCGUCCCGACGCAUCGACUCUCCUAAAGCAUCCAUUCCUUAUAGAUUCAGAAGUACUACAUCCUUCUUCACAUGAAUUAUCAAUUCUUAUGCCAUCAGCACCAAGAUAUAGAUUCUCAUCACAUAUAAAUACUCCUACGACUACGAUAUCCUCUCUACCAAGAGCAUUAAUGAUUCACAUUUUUACAUUUAUACCUCCAACUUCAAAUGGAAACUUGCUAUCUGUUUGCAAACUAUGGAAGAACAUCGUUGACGACGACGAACUCUGGAUUAAAUAUUGUUUUAACAGAGGUAUUAAUAAGAUUUCAAAAGAUUUAACUUGGAAAUCAAAUUAUAUCCAUAUUAAAAAUAAACAAAAACAAUGGUUUGAAUCAAAAUUGAUUCAAAAUACAUUGAAAGGACACUCAAAGAGUGUUUAUUGUGUCCGAUUAGUAAGUGACACUGUGUUGGUGAGUGGUGGUGACGAUAAGAAACUCAAGGUAUGGGAUACGAAAAAAUCAAAGCCAUUUUCACUCAAAGGACAUAGUGGUGCUGUCAAAGCAGUAGAUUUUCAAGGUAAUGAUUUGCAGAGAAUCAUCACAGGUUCGAGUGAUUUCACAGCGAAAAUUUGGAAUACCAAAACAAAGAAAGCAAUUCGUACCUAUACCGGACAUAAAGAUGCUGUUACCUCUAUCAACUAUCUCGGAGAUGUCGAGGGUAAAAUACUCAGUAGCUCGCUGGACUCCACCCUUCAAAUUUGGGAUGCCGAAACGGGAUCGACACUCUCCACCAUGUCCGGUCACACCAAAGGCAUCUAUUGUGUGAGAUACGAUCGUGAACACAGUUCAAACACAGUGGUGAGUGUAUCUGCCGAUUGGACAGCACGUGUCUUUGACACCAGAACAUCGCAAUGCGUUCGAACUUUCCAAGGACAUGAAGACGAUGUCACAUGUGUCAGCGUGGUGGGCGGUGAAGCAGUGAGUGGAUCUGGCGAUGGCACCAUCCGUCUCUGGGAUAUCGGUAGUGGUAAAACAAUCUCUACAUUCGUGCCACAGGAGAUUCAACAGAAACUCUGGGUAUGGUGUGUGCAAUACGAUCGAUACAAAAUAGUUUCCUCUGGUAAGGGCGGUGUAAUUCGUGUGUGGGAUCCAUACAACACUGAACAAUGCAGAACGUUUGGUGGACAUCACGAAACUAUAUUCUCACUACAUUUCCGUGAUAACAAGUUGGUGACAUCCUCCAAAGACAAGUUGGUAAAGAUUUGGACAUUGGAAGAUCAAUCCAAUUCAUCGUCACCAAUGUCAUCGUCCAAUGGAAUAACGCAUUCCAAUUCUUUGUCAUCCUCUGGAUUGAUACAAGCUCCACCACCUUCGCCACCAUCUCAACAUAGCAACUCUCAUCAUCACAGCAGCAGUCCAUUUUCAAUACUCUCUCGAACAUCAUCUUCAUCAAAGUUGACAAACGAAAAAUCAAACUAA